CGGCGGCGGCACCACCCACACCCACAAGACCUACUACUACCAGAAGACCUACGGGGGGGACUACGCCUCCGACGGAUACGGCCAGAAUGGGACCUGUACCAUGUCCAGACGCCAGAACACCAUCCAGGAGCUUUUGCAAAACUGUGCGGAUUGCCUGACGCGAGCUGAGCUCAUAGUACAGCCUGAAUUGAAAUAUGGGGAUGGUGUCCCACUUAGAGGAAACAGGGAUCUGGAGGAAUGUUUUGCACAGGCAAAUGACCAAAUGGACAUCCUGGAUGGACUGAUCAGAGAGAUGAGGCAGAUGGGCCAGCCCUGUGACAUGUAUCAGAAAAGGCUGCUGCAGCUCCAGGAGCAAAUGCGUGCCCUGUACAAAGCCAUCAGUGUUCCCCGUGCCAGGAGGGCCAGCUCCAAAGGCGGUGGCUGCUUCUCCUCUCAGAGUGGCUCGGGCUGGGAUGAGUACACGAAACGUGUCACAAGUGAAUGUUUAAGCUGGAUGAGGCAGCAGAAGGUUGAAAUGGAGCAAGUGAAGUGGGGCUUUGAUGCAGCAUCCAUUGAGCAACAGAUUGGUGAGCACAGGAGAACUCACAAUGCCAUUGGAGACUAUCGUUGGCACCUGGACAAAGUCAAAACAGAUCUGCGGGAGAAGGCUGCAGUUCAUCAGCUGGAGGAAGAGUAUGAAGGCCUGCUGAAAUAUUCCUUUGAGAGAAUGGAUCAGCUUCGCCAGUUCCAGAACCUCAUCCAGGCCACCAGCAGAGAGAUCAUGUGGAUCAAUGACUGUGAGGAAGAGGAGCUCCUCUAUGACUGGAGUGACAGGAACACUGAUAUUGCCAGGAAGCAGGAGUCCUUCUCUAAACGUAUGAGUGAACUGGAGGUUAAAGAGAAAGAACUCAACAAGCUGAAGCAAGAAAGUGACCAGCUAGUGCUCAAUCAGCAUCCUGCUUCAGAUAAAAUCGAGGCUUACAUGGAUACAUUGCAAACUCAGUGGAGCUGGAUUCUUCAGAUCACCAAAUGUAUUGAUGUUCAUCUGAAGGAGAAUGCGGCUUACUUCCAGUUCUUUGAAGAGGCCCAAGCCACAGAGUGCUACUUGAAAAACUUACAAGACUCUAUCAGAAAGAAGUUCAUCUGUGAUAAGAGCAUGUCACUGCAGACUUUGCUGGAGCAGAUCAAAGAGCUGGAGAAUGAACGAGAGAGAAUUCUUGAAUACAAGAGGCAAGUGCAGAGUUUGGUGAAUAAAUCCAGGAAGAUUGUGCAGCUGAAGCCACGUAACCCAGACUAUCGAAGUAACAAGCCCAUUAUCCUCAAGGCUCUGUGUGACUACAAACAGGAUCUGAAAACGGUGCGCAAGGGCGAUGAGUGCAUCCUGAAGGACAACAACGAGCGCAGCAAGUGGCUGGUGACCGGCCCCGGGGGAGUGGACAUGCUGGUGCCAUCUGUCAGCCUUAUCAUCCCACCCCCCAAUCCACUGGCAGUGGAUCUUGCUACCAAAAUUGAGCAAUACUAUGAAGCUAUUUUAGCUUUGUGGAACCAGCUGUAUAUCAACAUGAAGAGCCUGGUGUCCUGGCAUUACUGCAUGAUUGACAUUGAGAAAAUCAGAGCUAUGACUAUUGCCAAGCUGAAAACAAUGCGUAAGGAAGAUUACCAAAAAAUAAUAACUGACCUGGAGAUCCAUUAUCAAGAGUUCCUCAGGAACAGCCAAGGCUCGGAGAUGUUUGGUGAUGAAGACAAGCGAAAGAUGCAGACCCAGUUCACUGAUGCUCAGAAGCACUACCAAACCUUGAUCAUACAACUGCCUAAUCAACCACGACAGCCUCAAACAGUGGUCCCAACUGAGAGCUGUCCUGUGGGUUCCUCAAACACCAUUAUUGUUAACGAGAGAAACCGAGAGCAUGAGAAGCAGGAGGCCUGGCUGCUGAUGGAGCUUCAGAAACUUCGGCGUCAGAUUGAAGCUGCUGAGAUUCAGAUGGUUCAAAGAGCUCCUCUUGGAGUGGAUCAAGGGGCUAUGCACGACUUUUCAGUUAGAAUAAAGGACUUAGAGGGUGUGCAGAAUGACUCUCAAAUAAUGGCUGAAACCCUCAAUAAGCAUAAGGACUUGCUGCCUAACUUCAGAGGCUGUGAGAAGUAUGUGUACUUGCAAUCAGAGAUAAACGCCCUCUUUCAAAAACUGGAAAAUAUUAAUGGUGUUUCUGCUGGCUACUUAGACAGCUUGAAUGCACUGAGGUGUCUGCUCCAGGUUAUUCUGCAAACAGAAGAUGUGAUCAGAGUUUUUGAAGUCAGACUGUCUGAAGAGGAGACUGUUCCUUUGGAUCUUGAUAAAGUGGAGGCUUAUCGGGCUUGUCUGAAGAAAAUGAAAACAGACCUAAAUAUGAAGAAGUCAUUACUGAAUACCCUGGAAAAUGAGCUGCAGAGAACACUUCAGAUUCACUCACAGUCUUGCCAGUCAUACACCCUGUAUGACAUGGACAUUGGAAAGUACUGUGACAAAGUUACCCAGCUAAUAGACCGCUGGCAGAGGGCUGAUAAGCAGAUAGAUAACAGAUCAUGGGAUUUAGAAAGGCAGAUCAAACAGCUGAAAACCUACCGAGAUCUCUACCAGGCUCUGUGCAAGUGGAUCUGUGACGCCAAGCGCCGGCAGGAUUCCAUUGAGUCUGUGAAGCUGUGUGAUUCCAACACCAUCAUGAGAUACCUACAUGAUCAGAAGAACUUGCACAGUGAAAUCUGUGGGAAGCGAGACAAAGUCGAGGAGCUUCUCAAGCAUGCAGAUCAGUGCUCAGCUGCAAUUAAGGAUUAUGAACUACAGGUUGCUUCGUACAGUUCAGGAUUAGAAACAUUGCUCAACAUACCUAUCAAGAAGAGUGUGGUUCAGUCUCCUGCAGUGCUGAUUCUACAAGAGGCUAAUGAGGCUCAGUCCCGCUAUAUAGAGCUUCUUACAAGAUCAGGAGAUUAUUACAGAUUCUUGAGUGAAAUGUUAAAGAGCAUGGAGGAUUUGAAGAUGAAAAACACCAAAAUUGAGCUCCUGGAAGAAGAACUCAGGCUUGCUAGGGAUUCAAAUUCAGAGACAAGCAACAAACAUAAAUUCCUGGAGCAAAAUCUGCAGAAGUACCAGAUGGACAUUUCUCAGCUCAAGGCAAAGCUGAUGAGUUUGGAAGAAAUGAAAAGACAAGCUGAAAUGGAUGGAAAUUCUGCUAAGCAAAACCUAGACAAAUGCUAUGCCCAAAUAAAGGAUCUAAAUGACAGAAUAACCAGAUUGACUUAUGAGACUGAAGAUGAGAAAAGGAAGAGGAAGUUGCUGGAGGAUAGAUAUGAGCAGCAGAAGAAUGACUAUGACCAACUGCAAAAAACAAGGCAAAAUGAGAAAGACAGCCUUGGUUGGCAGAAGUUAGAGUCUGAGAAGGUCAUCAAGGAGAAGGAGUACGAGAUAGAAAGAUUAAGGGUUCUUCUUCAGGACGAAGGCACACGGAAGAGGGAGUAUGAAAAUGAGCUGGCUAAGGUAAGGAACCAGUUUAGCGAGGAGAUGAGUAAUUUAAAGAACAAGUAUGAAACAGAAAUUAAUAUUAAGAAGACAACAAUCCAGCAGAUAGCUGCACAAAAAGAUGAUGAUGCGAAAGGCCUCAGAGCCCAGGUUGACAGACUGACAAGAGAAAACAGAGACCUUAAGGAUGAGAUCGUGAGGCUGAACGACGCCAUCCUGCAAACAACAGACCAGCGGCGGAGGGCAGAAGAAGAUGCUCUCCAGCAGAAGGCUUGCAGUUCUGAGGUGUCACAGCAGAAGCAUCAGUUAGAGCUGGAGCUGAAACAGAUCAUUCAGCUUCGAGGGGAAGACAACUCGAGAUACAAGCAGGCUCUUGAGGAGGCUGCCUCAACUAUUCAGGAUAAAACUAAGGAGCUGGAAAGGCUAAAGCUUCAGCUUCAGGAAGAGGCUAAAAGCCGAUGGGAACUUGAAAAUGAGUUGGCUAAGGCAUCCAGUAGGAUUCAAGAAUCCAAAAAUCAGUAUAGUCACAUUAUGCAAGAAAGAGAAACCCUGCUGAUAAAAAUGAGUGCUUUGGAGCAAGACAAAGCCAGAUUGCAGAGAUUAGAAGAGGAGCUGAACCGUUUGAAAGUUACCCUGGAGUCAGAAUCGCGUUCGAAGCAACGCCUGGAAAGUGAGAAGCAACAGAUUCUGAAUGACCUCAAUCAGUGGAAGAGCCAGCACUCCCGAACAGAAGAAUCCAUAAGGAAGAUCCAGUGUGAGAGGGAGAAGAGUGAGAGGGAGAAGAACAGCCUGAGGAGUGAGAUCGAAAGGCUGCAGAUGGAAAUCAAACGGAUUGAGGAGAGAUACCGGUGCAGACUGGAAGAGACCGCUGUCAAAAACCAGUCAGAGUUGGAGUCAGAGCGUCUCAGGCUGCAAAGAGAGAUUGAGAAACUCAAGCAGCGCCCAUAUGGGGCUCACAGAUCUACACAGACCGAGGAAGACUUCUGUAUUGAUGCCUCCAAGCUGGUGUUCAGUGGGCUGCGGAAGAAGAUCACAGCCAUGCAGCUGUAUGAGUGCCAGCUGAUAGACAAACUCACCCUGGAUAAACUGCUGAAGGGGCAGAGGUCCGUGGAAGAGGUCGCGGCUGACAUUGAACCCUACCUCAAGGGGGCAGGUGCUAUUGCAGGGGUGUCCCUUUCGCCCAGACAGAAGUACUCUUUUGUUGAGGCCAAACGGAAUCAGCUGCUCACAGCAGAAAAUGCAGUCCUGCUCCUCGAAGCCCAGGCAGCAACAGGAGGUGUGAUAGACCCACAUCGAAACGAGAUAUUGACAGUGGACAGUGCUAUCGCCAGAGACCUGAUUGACUUUGAUGACAGAGAACAGAUCUAUACAGCAGAAAAGGCUAUUACAGGAUUUAAGGAUCCUUUCUCAGGCAAAACUGUGCCCGUGUCUGAAGCCAUCAAGAAAAACUUGGUUGACAGAGAAACUGGAAUUCGUCUGCUUGAAGCUCAGCUGGCUGUAGGAGGGAUUGUUGAUCCUGUCAACAGUGUUUUCCUACCCAAAGAGGUAGCUUUAUCUCGUGGGUUGAUUGACAAAGACCUGUACAGGAUGCUAAACAACUGCCAAGGCAAUACAAAGAACUUCAUUGAUCCCACCACCAAGAAGGCAGUCACUUACAUGCAGCUGAAGGAAAAAUGCAGGAUUGAACCACACACUGGUCUGCUACUCCUUCCAGUGCAGAAGAGGAGUAUGUCAUUCCAAGGGAUCAGGCAGCCUGUCUCAGCAGAUGCACUGCUUGAGGCUGGAAUCAUUAAGGAAUCAACAAGGAAUGACUUGGAAAGAGGUGCAAUUACAGUGGAAGAAGUGAGUGAGAGAAUUAUUGAUUUCCUUCAAGGCUCUAGCUGCAUUGCUGGUAUCUACAAUGAGGCUACUAAAGAGAAACUCGGCAUUUACCAGGCUAUGAAAAUAGGUUUGGUUAGGCCAGGGACAGCCCUGGAACUCCUGGAAGCCCAGGCAGCCACAGGGUUCAUAGUGGAUCCUGUCAGCAACGUGAGGCUGCCCGUUGAGGAAGCUUACAAAAGAGGCCUUGUUGGAAUUGAAUUUAAAGAGAAACUUCUCUCUGCUGAAAGAGCUGUCACGGGGUACAAAGACCCAGAAACUGGGAACAUCAUUUCUCUGUUCCAAGCAAUGAACAAAGAGCUCAUAGAGAGAGGCCAUGGCAUUCGUCUGCUGGAGGCCCAGAUCGCUACUGGAGGGAUCAUCGACCCCAAGGAGAGCUACCGCUUGCCAGUGGAGACUGCCUACAAACGUGGCUACUUCAAUGAGGAGCUCAACCAGAUCCUUAGUGAUCCUAGUGAUGACACCAAAGGGUUCUUCGAUCCCAACACAGAGGAGAACUUGACCUACUUGCAGCUGAAAGAAAGAUGCAUAAAGGAUGAUGCAACGGGGCUCUGCCUUCUGCCCCUGAGAGAGAAGAAGAAGGUGGUGCACACCUCGCAGAAGAACACCCUUAGGAAGCGCAGGGUGGUCAUUGUAGAUCCAGAAACAAACCGGGAGAUGUCUGUUCAGGAGGCGUACAGCAAGGGCCUCAUAGAUUAUGACACCUACACAGAACUAGCUGAACAGGAGUGCGAGUGGGAAGAAAUAACUAUCACGGGAUCGGAUGGCAGCAGCAGAGUAGUCCUCGUCGACAGAAAAACAGGCAGCCAGUAUGACAUCCAAGAUGCCAUUGAUAAAGGCCUAGUGGAGAGGAAGUUUUUUGACCAGUACCGUUCUGGCAGCUUGAGCCUGACCCAGUUUGCAGACAUGAUUUCCUGCCGUAAUGGCACUGACGAGGUGUUCCGGCACGAGUCCGUGACUCGCUCUCCCACCGUGCUGAGCGUCAGGAGCUCAUCUUCAGUGAUCAGGAGCGGUUCUUUCUCAGACACCCCAGAUGAGUGCAGUCCUAUUGCAGCCAUAUUUGACACGGAAAACUUGGAGAAAAUCUCCAUUUCAGAAGCUAUACAGCGGGGCAUCGUGGAUAGCAUCACCGGGCAGCGGUUGCUUGAAGCCCAGGCCUGCACUGGUGGCAUAAUAUGCCCUACCACUGGCCAGAGGCUUUCCCUCCAGGAAGCCACUAGCCAAGGCAUCAUUGAUCAGGAUAUGGCCACACGUCUCAAACCAGCCCAAAAGGCCUUCAUAGGGUUUGAAGGCAUAAAGGGUGGACGCAAGAGGAUGUCAGCAGCUGAAGCGGUGAAGGAAAAAUGGCUGCCUUAUGAGGCUGGGCAGCGGUUCCUUGAAUUCCAGUACCUCACUGGAGGUCUUGUGGACCCAGAAGUGCGUGGAAGAAUAACUACAGAAGAAGCCAUUAGGAAUGGGUUAAUUGACGGCCGUGCUGCCCAGAAAUUACAAGACACCAACAGCUAUCCCAAAAUUCUGACCUGCCCCAAGACCAAGCUGAAAAUAUCCUACAAAGAUGCAAUGAACCGCUCAAUGGUGGAAGACAUCACUGGGCUUAAACUGUUGGAAGCAGCCUCUGUUUCCUCUAAAGGCAUAUCCAGUCCCUACAAUGUCUCCUCGGCACCUGGCUCUCGCUCUGGCUCUCGCUCCGGCUCGCGUUCAGGCUCACGCAGUGGGUCUAGGAGAGGAAGCUUUGAUGCCUCAGCAAGCUCUUCAUAUUCCUACUCAUACUCAGCCUUCAGCAGUGGGUCUAUUGGGCGCUAAUAACAAGUGAGGGAAUGUGUCUGCAUUUUAUUAUCGUUUAGAUUAUCCUAUAUUCCAUUUACUAAAAGAAAAAAAACACCUACAAAGUAACUCAAAGCAAAGCCUUGAAGUCUUUUCUGAGUGUGUUACACUUUUCUUCUGAAAAAGCUGUAAAAUGCUUGAGUGCAAACUUAUAAAAUAUAGAUUAGGGAAUGCAAAAGUAAUAUUUGUGAAUUUUGAGUUUCAGUUCCCUUUUCCUUUUAGUCUUUGAAUUUUAAUAGGUCUCUGUAUAUUUUAAAUACUGUGUCAUAUGCCUUCUCCUGUUAUCCAUAACUAUCAACCUAUAAGGUGAUAACUGAGGUUUGAAAGUCUUGCAGUAGUUUUUAUUCACAUAGACCUUUUUCAAUUUGCUAUUAUGGAAAAAAGAUACUAAUAAUAUGGACAGAAAAUGCCCUUAAUACUGGUUUAGAAUCUAUACCAUAAACAUGAAACUGUCUUUCAGAUGCUCUAUUUCUUUAUGUUUGGCUAGCCAUUUUCUGAAGUAUAACUUGGUGGAUGUAAAGGGCUAUUAUUAGGCUGGGCUUUUGUUUUACUGUUAACCCAUACAUUUUCUACUGUUCUGCUUGAUUUCCCUGUAACAAAGAAAAUUUAAAAAAUCCAACUGUACCAUGUGAGCUAUUUUGGACAAUAAACUUCAGAAGUUUCAAAGUA